ACCCUGCGGUUUCAAAGAGACUUUGUAUCUCGACUAUGGCUCACAUAUCGCCGGGACUUCCCACCCCUAGCUAGGGGCAGCUUGACCUCAGACUGUGGCUGGGGAUGUAUGUUACGAAGUGACCAGAUGAUGCUGGCCCAGGGCCUGCUCCUGCAUUUUCUGCCUAGAGAGUGGAGGUGGAUGGAGGGCACAGGCCUGGCUUCCCCUGAGAUGUCAGGGCCAGCCUCUCCCAGCCGCUACCGUGGGCCUGGUGGUCCUGUGCCCUCACGAUGGACCCAGGCUACACUGGAGAUGGAGCAGGAUCGUUGGCACCGGCGGAUUGUGUCCUGGUUUCCGCAGGCACCCUUUGGGCUACAUCGGCUAGUGGAGCUUGGGCAGAGCUCUGGCAAGAAGGCGGGAGAGUGGUACGGGCCCUCUGUGGUGGCACACAUCCUUAGGAAAGCUGUGGAGAGUUGCUCAGAGGUCACCCGCCUGGUCGUGUACGUCUCUCAGGACUGCACAGUGUACAAGGCGGAUGUGGCACGCCUGGUGUCCUGGCCAGACCCCACGGCUGAGUGGAAGUCUGUGGUCAUCCUGGUACCUGUGCGCCUGGGUGGGGAGACCCUCAACCCCGUGUAUGUGCCCUGUGUGAAGGAGCUCCUUCGGUCAGAACUCUGCCUAGGCAUCAUGGGGGGCAAACCCUGGCAUUCACUGUACUUCACUGGCUACCAGGAUGACUUCCUGCUGUACUUGGAUCCCCACUACUGCCAGCCCACAGUGGAUGUCAGCCAGGCUGACUUUCCCCUUCAGUCCUUUCACCGCACCUCACCCCGCAAGAUGGCCUUUGCCAAAAUGGACCCCAGCUGUACCGUAGGGUUCUACGCUGGGAACAGGAAGGAGUUUGAGACUCUCUGCUCGGAGCUGAUGAGGAUCCUCAGCUCCUCCUCAGCCACAGAGCGAUACCCCAUGUUUACUGUGGCUGAGGGCCACGCUCAGGACCACAGCCUGGAUGCCCUCUGCACCCAGCUCUCCCAGCCCACACUGCGGCUGCCUUGCACAGGACGCCUCCUGAAGGCCAAACGACUCAGCUCCGAGGACUUUGUGUUUUUAUAGUGGGAAGGGAUGGGGAAAGAUGCCAGACUAUUUAUUUUUUUAUUUAUGUCAUGUCAGGUAUGGGAUCUAGAACUCCGAUGGCAGUGGUGGAUCCCCUGUCCUCAUGCCCCCCAUCCUCCCCAACAGAGCUGACAUCUGUCUAGGCCCCCAGCUUGGGGCUGUGCCCUUUAGCUGCCCCCAUGCCCCCUCAGGAGCCAGGGAUGGAGAGUGGGCUCCAGGGCACUCACUCAGGGCCUGAUUGAAGUUCUGUAGCCUGCACUGGAUCACUGUACUCACUGGUCCCAAG